AUGGCCGCCGAACGCACCUCACUCGUCAUUGUCUCGUCAAAGAACCCAGUCAAGAUCAAUGCGACCAGGCUAGGGUUCAGUUCAGCACUGACAGGCUCAUACGAGUUUCGCGGAGUUAGUGUGCCCUCGGGAGUUCCCGACCAGCCUAUAUCUGAUGAGGAAACACUUCUUGGGGCUAUGAACCGAGUGCGAAAUGCUCGGGAGGUCGAGAAGGAUGCCGACUUUUGGGUGGGAAUCGAAGGAGGAGUGGAGGUUCGGGAAAAUGAGAAUGGGGCGUAUAUGAACUUUGCCUGGAUCGUGGUUGCGAACCGCGAAGGCAAGAUAGGGAAAGCACGAACUGGCGCUUACUACCUUCCCGAAGAGACGGCCAACUUGCUGCGCCAGGGGAUGGAGUUGGGCCAUGCGGAUAACUUGGUCUUUGGCCAUGUGGACUCGAAAACAACCCGGGGCUCUGUUGGACUGCUGACUGAUGAUCUCAUUGAUCGCACGAGUUACUAUAGCCACGCUAUGAUUCUCGCUUUGAUUCCGUUUAAGAACAGCAAGCUGACGUUUAUCUAA